AUGUCUGAAUUAAACCCUGCUAGUACUUUGGCCAUCGCCAAACUAUUACGUCACCACAAGGAAUUGAAACAAAGACAAGGUUUAUUUCAAUCCAGAACUGUUGAUUUUUUCCGUUAUAAAAGAUUUGUUAGAGCUUUAGAAUCUCCAGAAUACAAAAAAAAAUCAUCGAACCAACCAGAUUUAUACCCUCCCGUGACAUCCUCAGAAGAUGCCCGUACUGUUUUCAUCCUUUUAAUUAAAUCCCAAUUAGUAGUGCCUGCUACAAAAUUGCAUAACCAUGAAUGUAAAGCAAAUGGACUGAAACCAAAUAAAGAUUAUCCAAAUUUAGUCUUAUCCAAUAAGGCUACUUUAUCUCCAAAUGAAUAUUACGUCUGGAAUUAUAAUCCAAAAUCAUUCACCGACUAUGUAAUCGUUAUCGCUGUCAUUGCUAUCUUAUUAGCAUUAGUUUGUUAUCCAUUAUGGCCAAGGUCAAUGAGACGUUCAUCUUAUUAUGUUUCCAUGGGGUCACUUGGUUUAAUUGUCGCAUUAUUGGUCAUUGCUGUCUUAAGAUUGAUACUAUAUGUUAUGUCUUUGUUGUUUGUUAGUAAAAAAACAGGUGGAUUUUGGAUUUUCCCCAAUUUGUUCGAAGAUUGUGGGGUCUUGGAUAGUUUUAAACCAUUAUAUGGGUUCGGAGAAGUCGAUUCUUAUAGUUAUCAAAAGAAAAUGAAAAGAAUAAAGAGAAAUUUAGAUAAGAAGAAUAAAAUUGCACAGACUCCUUCUACUGACAAGGAAGAUAUUGAGAAAGAAGAAAAGAAUAAUGAUGAUGAUACCACUAAGAUAUCAAAGACUCCUAAAUUAGAAGAAAUCCCGGAAAAAAAAUAG